UGAUGCAGUUUUCCGUAAUGUGCAAAUGUCAAUGGUUGUGAGUUGAUGUUAAUGGGAAAAGCAUUUGUAACGUUUUUGGUCGGGACAUUUAAACAAAUUUUGUUCUGUUGGUUUUAGUAGUAUUAAGCAUGUUGACCGGGAAUUUUCGUGGUUUUCAAUAUUAUUUGGAUAAUUUCUUCAAAUUUCCAAAGGAAAUCAAAAAUGAUAUUGUUUACUGUCAGCGUUCACUUAAGGCUCAUAUUAAAGUGCACCAGAUGGUCAUUGAUGUGUUUCAACAGGAAGAAGGCGCAGAUCCUGCGCAGAAGCAAAGAAUUCUGGAUGAAAUUGAAUCAGAAAUUUACGAGAUAAAUGCUGAACAACACUUUCUAUUCCUUCGGUUACGACGAAUAAUUGAUGAAUUCUCAAAAAUGUUGAAAAGAAACGAUGUUCCUAUGGAUUAUGGAGCAACAAAUGCUAUGAUUUCUCGGCAUGUGGUACCGCUUAUAAACGAUCCCACUAUCGAAAUAUUGCCUUCAACCGUACUAUUUCGGAACACAGAACAAAAACUUAUCGAAAAGUACUUUGAGGUCCAAAAAGAAAAAGUAGUUUAUGAAAUUAAGGACUCUGAUGAAGAGGAUAACUUACCUCAAAUAUCGGAGGAAACAAUAGGAAUGCGGUGGUCUAAGUCUAUGUGCGAAAUGGCUAACGAGACUUUAACUACAACUGAUACGUGCUCGUUGCAAGGCCCAAAUAGUUUCUCUCAAAUGUCUUUGCUAAAACCAAUUUCUCAACGAAUGGUUGGCAAUGUUGGUAUCGGUUCAGACAAUUUUGGAAAUUUUCAUGAUGCUUCAAGGUAUUUGCAAAUGAAUCUUGUGGAAGAAAAAAAUAUUGAGGAUAAUCAGAAAAAUGCUGCGUUAGCACUCGAUGACCCCUCUAAAUUUUCCGAUGCGCUAUCUAAAAAUGAUGUCCCCAAUGAACAAUUGAUUGAUCUACCUGUAUCAAAAAAUGUGAAAAUCAGUCGGCUGAAUCUAAGGCAAGCUCUUAACAAGGCACGCACCGAAAAUAUGGUGGCAAAGGCAGCCGCGAACAUGCUAGCACGCUCGACUCCCACUUCCACAAUAAAUCAAUAUAACACGCGCACUGACACGGCAAUUACACAUCCUCAAAGAAGAUAUGAAAUUAGGACAAGAGCGGCAAGAAAUAAUGCUGGUAGCGCAGUAUCGAUCGCAACUCUUUCUAAGGAACGAAAUAGUUCAGAGCUAAAUUCAUCCUCAGAGGAUUCAAAUCCUGAACCUCUUCCAAUGCCCGCAAAACCUCAUAUAGGUUUCAUAGAAUUAACAGAACAUCGAACUCUACCUGAACAUUAUGGGCAGGAAAUGUUCUUACGACUUUUCCAACUAUUCACUCCUACUGUUCUUGUCCAGAUGCAACAAAGGCGAUCAAAACGCAAACGCCGUUCUGUACACAACAACGAGCGGGCGGAUUUUCACUAUGGGCGCAUUGAGUAUGGUAGCUAUCCGCCGCCAGAGAAGAAGCGAAAAGCAUUCUUACUUUCACCUCAAAUCAAACGUGAUUUACAAUCAAAACGUCCGAAACGCCCAAAUAUCGAAAAAAAUGAGGAUAUUGUAACUUCGCGAUCUAGUUCUAGUUCGCCAGAUGAAAAACGCUGUUGCAAUGAGUGCCUUAGAAGUGGAGGUUGUUUUGAACAAUGUGUCGAAUGCAAAGGAUAUUAUCACCAAUUAUGUCAAAUGGAGUAUCAUGAAGAAAUAGAUUCUAAAAUACAAAAUAUGCAGCUGUGUUUAUGUCCGGCGUGUAGGCGUUCACACCCAAUCCAAAUAAAUAAAGAAGCACAACAAUACAAGCAAUUGCAUUCCACGGCAGAAGAUCUCGAAAAAAAACUCUCCCACGAAAAAGAUCGGCGCGCCAGCUUACAACAGGAGAGCAAGAUGUACAAGUUACAAAUGCGCAAACUGUUUAACAUCGUCAACACUAUUAAAAGCGAUCAGGAGAAUGAGAGUUCAGGAUAAAAAUUAGUCAAAGUAACUUUUUUUUAAAGGAUAAGCUAACAUUUCACAUUUUUCACAAUUCGCCUAGUUUUAAUGUUUGAUUUAUGGGCUUUGAAUUUUACGAGAGUAAUUUAAUUGUUAUUAUGUUGAUUGAAAUAUAACUAUUUUUUCUCUUUAUUUAA